AAAAUUGCAGUUCUGAGCAGCAAGGGUCAGUGGCUCACAAGCAGCAAGGAGAACCCCACAGAGUUUGAUGAGAAAUUGGGGACACCCCAAGGACUCUGGACUGGUGAAGAGGUGAAGUGAACAUCCUGCAGAGCCGGGCUGGAGACACCAAUCUGCCAAUGAGGCAGCAUGUGAGACGGGAAUGAGAGACAGAGUGGAAGAAACGAAGCCCGAAGGAUGGCUAACCCGGUGCCGUCAGCCUGCUGCGUGGUGCUUGCCGCGGUGGUGGUGGUGUACGCUCAGAGACACAGCCAGCAGGACAGCCACAUCCAGUAUGAGCGGGUAGGCGCAGAUGUGACCAUGAAGUGUGGGUCCAUGGACUGGGACGCAGCUGUGACCUGGACGGCCAACGGCACCGAUAUCGAUGAUUCCCGCCUGAACGGGUCGUACCUGGUCCUGAGGAACGUCGACCUCAUGCAGAGCGGCCAGUACUCCUGCUACGAAGGCUCCUCCUGGCACCUCAAAUACCAGACCUACCUGAGGGUGGGAACCCCCCCGAAGGAGCCAGUGCUGAUGUGCCGGUCCAACAACUACCCAAAGGGUUUCUACUGCAGCUGGCACUUGCCCAGUCCCACCUACAUCCCCAACUCCUUCAACAUCUCCGUCAUACAUGGCACGAGAGAGAUGGUCUGCGAGAAGGACAUCUUUCCCAAAAACAGGUGUCACAUCAGAUACCUCCAGCUCUUCUCAACGGUGAAGUACAAGGUGACUUUGACAGUCACGAAUGCUCUGGGCAAAAACUCCACCACUCUCACCUUUGACGAGUUCACCAUAGUGAAGCCGGACCCCCCGGAGAACGUGGUGGCCAAGCCAGUGCCCAACAACCCCCGGAGGCUGGAGGUGGCGUGGCAAAACCCCUCUUCCUGGCCCGACCCUGAGUCCUUCCCGCUGAAGUUUUUCCUGCGGUAUCGGCCCCUCAUCCUGGACCAGUGGCAACACGUAGAGCUGUCGGACGGGACAUCACACACCAUCACAGACGCCUACGCUGGCAAGGAGUACAUCAUCCAGGUGGCAGCCAAAGACAACGACAUCGGCACAUGGAGUGACUGGAGUGUGGCGGUCCACGCCACCCCCUGGAUGGAGGAGCCCAAGCACCUCACCACCGAAGCCCAGGUCACAGAGACGACGAGCACCAGCACCUCCUCUUUCAUGCCGCCCCCCACCACCAAGAUCUGCGACAAGGGGGCCGUGGUGGGCAGCGGGGCCGUGGCAGUGUGUUGGACAGCUGGACUGGUCUUGGCUGCCUAUGGUGUUCUCUUUAUUUAAUCCCUGUCCAUCGCCGCCCAGCAGAGACAACAUCCCACCGCCCGCCACCGCCACCACCACCACC